GUUGUUAUGUGUGUGACUAAAUACCAGAAGGCCAGGCAAACAGAAUAAAAGGAGGAAGGGAGUUAAAAAAAAAAAAAAAGUCAACACGCCCCAAAUGACCCGUCUUGUCUUCACUUGAAACUUGGAGAUCCACCCACAGCACUGGCAGCCGGCAAUCCAUUCAAUGACUUGUGAAAGGUUUCUCAUUAGUGCACGGAGUGUGGAGUUACAGCAUGUGCAAGCCAGCGAGGAAAAGCGUGCAAGCUCACACACAAUGGAACCCUUCCUGCGAGCCAGACAAGAAAUGAAGUAUCCGGAUCUGUGCAAGUCUUAUGCUGAGUGAUGCUAGUCAACUUUUUAUUUUGCUACAGGUGAGAAAAUUCAUAGAAAAUGAGGGAUUUUAGUCCAUAAAGUGUAACGGAAGGUCAAAAACAUGGGAAACGCCGAAAGCCAAAAUGUAGAACAAGCUUUGUAUGGGAAAGAGCACGGCAGUUUGGGUCGGAAGCACACGUCUCGCUCACUCCGCAUUUCCAAUAAGAAUUCUCGCAGGACACGUCAUGCUUCAUCGGGGAAACCAGUGCAUCGGAGUUCCGAAGUCAGUAACAGGUCAAGCAGUACCCCCAGCAUCCCCCAGUCUUUAGCAGAAAAUGGUAUGGAGCCAUACUCUCAAGAUGCCAACCUGGACGACUUUGACAGCCGGGAUUGGGUAGAUAUGGGUUUGAGACCCGUUUCUUACCAUACAGAUUCUUCAGUCACCCCGAGUUUGAACAGCAGCACUGUUCUUACCACAGCCUCCAUGCAGAGCAUGCAGGACUGUGAAGAAAGUAGACUUUAUGGCGAAGACCACUCUUAUUUUCCAGAUGGAAAUGGGAGAACUCAGAUCUACAACACUAAUGGGCCAAACCUCUUGGAUGCAGCAAGUUUUAAAAAGAAGCGUUCCAAAUCAGCAGAUAUAUGGAGAGAGGACAGCCUGGAGUUUUCCCUUUCUGAUUUGAGCCAAGAACACUUAACCAGCACGGAGGAGAUUUUAUGCUCCACUGAGGAGAAAGACUGUGAGGAGACCAUAAUUGCCGAGGCAGGUAAUAACUCCACACUGAACUCCUGUCAACGUGCCAAUUCCUUAACAGAUUUGUAUCCACAAAAGAACCCACAUGCGUCUGCUAAUGGUGCACCUAGGAGUAAAUUUAUGGUCUACUGUCGGAAUUUAGUGUCCCACUCGCCAGAAUCGGAAAAUUACAAAAUGGACCCCGCUUCCGCAGAAGAGACUCAACCUUACAGCAAUUAUAACACACUUCCUUGCCGGAAGUCACAUUGCCUUUCUGAAGGUGUUGCAAACCUAAAACUCAGCCAUAGUAACAGCAUGCAUGGCCGAAGAGCAAAGACAACUCAGGUAAGCUGAACUGUUCCAAACAAAACUCUUUAAGUUAGCCGUUGUUGACCAUAAUGGUUGAGUUUGUUUGUGUUUGCAGUAUAGAUGGUAAAUGGUAUUAUCCAAGCAUAAGAACUCUUUCAACACUCCAGCUUUGUAGGAUUUCAUCCAUAGAAAGGUCCCAGCAGAGUUGCUCAGUCUCACUGCAACAUUCUGGGGUUGUACUUUGACAACAUCUUGAGUUUGGAGGAAUAUACUGAACGGCAAACUGUACUCGACAUGGUGUUAUCUAUUGGUGCUAAACUUCGUAAGGGCAAUAAUACAAUAAAGUAUGGUAAUAA